CUCCCCAAAACAAAAAAUUAUAUCUUUUCCAUCAAGAAAUAGAUCCACUUCUUCUUCUUCCUUCUUCCAUCCAAUCCAUCCCAUCCAUGAUUUCACCAACAAUGUCAAUCUCCAAACUAAACUCUCUCUCCCCAUCCUCAUCUCUCUCCACCCUAAAAAACCAAUCUUUCUUCCACCCCCCAUCAUCAUCUCCUUCAAUCGCCCAUUUCCCAAACCCUAAACCCCCAAUUCUCAAAACCCUAAAUCAAAUCACCCCAAUCCGAUCCUCCUCCUCUUCCACAACCCCAAUCGGUUCAGAAGAAACCUACCCAUCUCCAAAAUCUCUCAAAACCCGUCUCAAAAACGGCGAAACACUAUACGGACUCUUCCUCCUUUCAUUCUCCCCAACAAUCGCCGAAAUCGCCGGUCUCGCCGGCUACGAUUAUGUCGUCGUCGAUAUGGAACACGGCCACGGAGGAGUUUCCGAUGCACUCCAUUGUUUACACGCACUUGCCGCUGCCGGAACUGCUGCUAUUAUCCGAUUGCCGGAAAGUUGUCCGACUUGGACUAAGAAAGCUCUUGAUUUGGGUCCUCAAGGGAUUAUGUUUCCUGUGAUUGAUAACCCUAAAUUGGCGAGAAAAGCUGUUUCUUAUUGUAGAUUUCCACCUAAAGGAAUUAGAGGAUCUGCUCAUACGAUUGUUCGUGCUUCUGAUUAUGGGAUUGAUGCUGGUUAUCUUAAUAAUUAUGAAGAUGAUCUUCUUGUUAUGUGCCAGGUGGAAUCGGAGGAGGGUGCGUCAAAGAUAGAAGACAUAGCAGCGGUGGAGGGUGUAGAUUGUAUUCAAAUGGGUCCGUUGGAUUUGAGCGCGAGCAUGGGUUAUUUAUGGGAUCCAGGACAUAAGAAGGUGAAGGAGGUUUUGAGAAAGGCAGAGAAGGCGGUGCUCGGCGGUGGAAAAGCGUUUUUGGGCGGAUUCGCAAUGCCUCACGAUCGCCCCGAAGCUAUUAAGGCAAGAGGCUAUCAUAUGGUUUCUGGUGCUACCGAUUUGGGCAUGUUCAGGGCCGCAGCCGUUGAAGAUGUCAACAGGUUUAAGAUCACUUUGAAGGACAAUGGCAAGAAUGGUGAUGAUGAUGAUGAUAAAAAAUAUUGGAGUGAAUAGAUAAAUGCUGCUGAUGAUGACAGUUUUGGUAUCCUUUCCUUGUAUUUGCGGAAUCAUGUUUUUCUUUUUGAAUCUAGAAUUUAGAUAGUCGGUUGUCAAGAACUCCUACUUCAAUUCUUCUUAAUUUUUAAUAAUGAGCUUGUAUCAAACAUGAA